AUGAUGGCUAGACAGGUCGGAAGAGGGAUGUUCUCCUUCAUGUUGACUUUGUUUCUGGGAGCCUCAUCUUCACUUUGGCCCCUGGCCCCUGCAGCGGCCUUCCUGCUUCCGCCCUGCAGGCUCAUCAACCAGACGGUGUCUCUGGAGAAGGAGGGCUGUCCAAAGUGUCACCUAGUGGAAACAACCAUCUGCAGCGGCCACUGCAUCACCAAGGACCCUGUCUUUAAGCUACCGUACAGCAACGUGUACCAGAAUGUGUGCAUGUACCAGGACUUAUACUACAAGACGUUCAAGCUCCCGGACUGUUCUCCCGGCGUGGACCCGACCGUCACCUACCCCGUGGCUCUGAGCUGCCACUGCGGCCGCUGUGCCAUGGCCACGUCUGACUGCACCUUUGGGAGCCUGCAGCCCAACUUCUGCAUUCAUGACAUGCCUUUCUACUACUAG